AUGUUUAAUCAAUUUAGAUAUUUAGAAUGUUAAAAAGGUUCAUUACACUAAGGGGAAUUAUUAAAUUUUAUAUGUUACGAUUAAUCCUGUAAUAAUAAAGGAAUAAUAUGUUCAAUUUGUCGCUCCGAAUUACAUUAAACUCAUAAAACUAUUCCAUUGAAAUUAUUUCUUAUGGAAUUAACAUAAAAAUUAUCCUUUAUUAAUUCUAAAAAAUCUAAUAAUAACCUUGAUUAUUAAUUAUAGUAAAUUGAUAAAUCAUACUAAUAAAUUUUAUAUAAUUUAAAGGAUACCGUAUAAUAUAUGGCUCAAGAAAUAAAGAAACUGGAAGAAGAAAUAAGCAAAACAAUCCAAUCAAUAAAUGAAAAAAUAACCCAAAACUUUUAUCUAAGUUAGAAUUUUUUAAAAGUAAUCGAAUGUAUAAAAAAUGGAGAAUAUACAGAAGUUAAUAUAUUCGAAAAAGAGUGUAAAAAUAUAAUUUAAUGGAUUAAUUUUUAAGAUAACAAGAAUCUUGAAAUAGAUAUAAAACCAGAAAAAUUUAUUCAUAAUUUUAAUUAGAGAUAGACUGAAAGUAUUUAAAUAAUUUAAAAAAUUAAAACUUAAUUCUCUGAUUAAAUUAUAUUUUUAUAAAGUCUUUUCUAAAAAUCAAUAUUUUCUGAUAAUAAUUAAAAUUUAUCCAUUUAAUAAAACUUUAUUUUUUCAGAUUAAUUAAAAACAAAGUCUAUAAUACUUUCUGAUAAUAAAUUAAUAGCUACUUAAAGUAUAAAUUAAGAUAAUGAUUGUAGAUUCGCUUUAUUAGAACCUAAAUUAAGUUUAAAUCAAUAAACUAAAUUCGCUUUUACUUUUAAAAGCUUAAAUGCAUGGAUUGGUAUAGGAAUCUGCUUAAGAAAUAUUUUAUAAAAAAAUAACUUUAAAUUUGAUAAUAUUAAUUUAGGUAAUGGUUGCUAUAUGAUUUCUUCGAAUGGAUAAUGCUGGUCUCAUUCUUCUAAAGAAGAUAAUAAAAUAUUUAAAAGCUUUGUUUUUAAAUAAGAUGAUGUUGUUUUAGGAAUCUAUGAUCCAGUUAAUAAAUAAAUUAGAUUUAAGAAAAAUAUAGAAAAUUAGAUAGUUAGUAUUGGUUUAGAUAUUCCGGAAAAUGAAUAAAUAUAUAUUUGUGCCAAUAUUUGUAAUAAAAACGAUUAAGUGGAAAUUUUAAAUGAUCAAAAUUUAUUUAAAGAAAAUUUUUGA